UUUCGCUGCCAUCUUCCCUACGCGUUAUCGCUUCAGUCUCGCCAGCCUCUCCUGAUCCUCCACCCAUCACUUCCGCCGUCACUGUCGCUAUCCAUAUCCGAUACUUACAACCCGGGUGAUGUCCCAGCGAAGGACUGACCUGCCGACAGAUCACCAGCCUCAUCAUCCGAGUUCAACCUAUGCCUGUCUAGCAUACCCAUACUAGCAACACACAUUCGCUUACAUCGUGCGUGACGCCCGCAGAUGGCCUGAAAGCCAUGGACAUGGCCUCCGUCGUCGGCAGCACCGUGCCUGCCCUCCAGCGCCUCGCUAUCCCCGCCGUCUGCGUCCUCAUCGCCUUCCUAGCCUACACGUCGCAGUGGCUAUUCGCCACCUCCCCCGAACUAGCCCCAGGCCCGCUGUCCCCCGCCGAGUCCUACACCUUCAACGCCCUGGUGCUGUGCCUCUGGUACACCUACUACAAGGCCUGCACCGUCGACCCGGGCCGGUACGUCUUCCCGCCAGGCUGCGGGGUGAGGAGCAAGAGCCAGAGCAAGAGCAAGGACAGCGACGCCGAAGGCGAGGACUCGGACGAGAUCACCGACAACGACGACGACGACGACGACGAAGACGGGGACCCGCUGAGGCCGAAACGCGCGCGGCUGCGGCCGCGGCGGCAACGUAUACGGGUGCGGGGCGGCCGCUGGUGCAGGAAGUGCGCGGCGCCGAAGCCGCCGCGGGCGCACCACUGCCGGCGGUGCGGCCGGUGCAUCCCGAAGAUGGACCACCACUGCCCGUGGACGGGGAACUGCGUGUCGCUGCAGACGUUCCCGCACUUCGUGCGGUUCCUGGCCUACGCGAACCUAUCGCUAUGGGCGCUACUACGGCUGCUCGCGGCGCGGUUCCUAGCCGUGUGGCGCGCGCGGCACCUGCCGGCGUACCUGGGGCCGACGCUGGGGCAGCUCGCGCUGCUGACGGUGCUGGCGCUGGUGGCGGGCGCGGCGAGCUUCGCGCUGGGGCUGCUGCUGGCGACGACGGCGCGCGCCUGGCUCACCAACACCACCGCCAUCGAGGCCUGGGAGGUCGAGCGCCACGAGGCCGCGCUCGAGCGCCGCGCGGCGUACGGCGACGGCGGCGGCGACGCCGCCUCGUGGUGGGCCGCCGGCGAGCGCGCCCCCGGCGGCGACCGCGACGCCCCCCACCUGCGCCUCGACCCCGUCGAGUUCCCCUACGACGUCGGCUUCUUCGCCAACCUCGCCCAGGCCAUGGGCACGCGCAACCCGCUCGCGUGGCUGUGGCCCUUCGCCGGCGGGCCCGUCGUCGCCCCCGGCGUCCCGUCCCCCGCCGCCAUCGACGACGACGACGACGGCGGCGGCGGCCCGCCGGCUAUCGAGAUCACCGGCGGCACCGGCUGGGCCUACGACGAGAACGGGCUCAACGACCGCGAGGACAUGUGGCCGCCGGCGGACCCGGACCGGCGGCGCAACGCGCGGCUGUGGCGCGCGCGGCGGCGCGAGGCGGACAUGGCGCUCGCAGCGGACCGCUCGCGCGGGGUGGCGGCGUGGGGCGACGAGCGGGAGGCGUUCCGGUGGCGGCAGGAGCGGGACCUGGCGCGGCGGCGGCGGCGGCGGCACCAGCUGCGGGGGGCGUCGCCGUCGCCGUCGGAGAUCCUAGGCGAGCUCGAGGAGCGCGAGGACUACGACGACUUUGCGGCCGGAGACGAGGACGAGUACGAGGACGAGUACGACGAGGAGGCCGGCGGCAGCGCCGCCUGGACCAACGCCGACGGCGAGACCCUGGCCGACUACGGCGUCGACGAGGACGCGCUCGACGAGGACGUGCCCCUCGCCGAGCUCCUGCGCCGCCGCAAGGUGAGGGGGACCCGAGACGGCGAGGAUGUCGUGGUCUAGAUGCCUUGGGGAGAAAGGAAAAGGGAGAGAAACAAAAAGGAAAAGAAGGAAACGGAUGAGAGGGGGGGGGGAGGGGUGUGAUAGAAUUACUACGCUGGGCGGUAAAUGUCUACGGCACCUGUGUAUAUAUAUACCCAUCUCGUCAUGAAACACGCAUGGCGGCCGGGCGAAUCGAACAGUUAUGUACCUUUGAAUUCUCACCGUCUAACUCAUCCUAAUCGAUCCCCCCCCCCCCCUUAAUA